UUAGGGUGCGUCAUUUGUUGUUCUUAAUCCGUCAAGUCCGUUUCAGUCAAAUUAUCCCUGUUUAAAGACAUCAUGAGGGUCAUUUUCAUCUUCUCCAUUUUGGCCUUCUUACUGGAUAAUCCAACUGAAGCCCAAAUACCCCAAUGUUUACCUGCAUUAGCCAGCUAUCUUGAAGGCCAGGCUUCUCUGUUGGAGAGUGUCAAAUCCGAUCUUGAAAGCACUCAACAACAGUUGCAACAGUCCAUUGGCAAAUGGCCUCCAGGUCAUUACUGUAUUCUGGCUAGUGGUUCGUGUCCAGCUGGAUUUAGUCGUUCCGCAGGCCAUAUGCGUGCUAUAAACCAAUACGCCGCAACCGCUACUUACAUCCACCCGGCCACGUUCGGAGAUAGUAAAAUCAAGUGCCAUGGCAACUGCGGUCAGUACGGGAAUUGGAUCGGGGACCUGGAAAUCACAGCGUGCUGUAAGUGACGGAAAGACGGAAAGCUUUAUAUUACAGACAGCCACACAUAGUGGUUUUAAACAAUCAAAGUAUUAAGUACGGUAAUGUAAUUAGCUGUAUUCUUACUAAUAAAUAUCAUGGGAAAUAAUAGUGUUUGACUAAUGUAUAUUUUAUCCAGUAUUUUAAAUUAGCAGGUUUUAUUGUCAAAACUCACGCCAUUAAAAAAAAAAAAAAACUCUAGGGAAGAAGUGACUUCUUGCAAUUGGUCUCACACAAACGCGCGCGCACUCAAGCUGGGCACUUACUGCGUCGUAUGACCGUCAGCCGACGAAUGCAACUCCUCUCUGUGUGAGCGUUAGACAACACGACACCGUCUGCUGAUUGUCGGUGGUAGUCUGAACGGAUCGUCAUUAAAAUCGAUCCGUUGCGCGCCGCAUGGAAUCGCGUCACAGCUGACGGCCGUCGUGCGCAGUGAGUGCCCUGAUUUACAUCCACACACUUUUCUUGCACGUGUUAGUGUUGUUUGUUUGCUUGAAAUCUGAUGAUUCAAUGUGUUUUAUCGUGUCACUGCGACCUCGUAGUUGGUUUGUCGAAAGGCUUCCCAAUUAUAUUAAGUAUUAAAAUCCGAAACAUUUCUUACACGAGUCACUUAAUACACGUACAAGAUAUUGCGCUUAAAGGGUUAAAGGGUUCGUGUAUUAACCAAUAAUAAAGAUAAUUUAUUUUUCUCCACAUUUGCAUAGUAGUCAUUAUAUUGGUGCAGUGGUAGCAGAAAAUAGUAGUUCUUUUUGGGACAAUGUUCUUUUCUUUUUAUACAUGUACUUAAGCCUAUAUCAUUACAUAAUUAUGAAAGAUCUUGUGGAUGAAGCAAACAUUAUACGAAGUAAAAAGAGCAAAUUAUAGUCUCGUUUAGAGCGUAAUUAAACCAGAGAAGAACA